UUGACCGCGAGAGGAAUAGCUCAGAUUCAGAUGAAAAGCAGAGUCCAUAUCAUCCUGAUUUUGAAUUGGAGUUUGUGGAUAGUGCUGUUACCCGUGCCCUCCUUUAUUUGGGUGAAGAAAGUACUUGAUGAUCAUCUGUUUCGAAGAGUAGACCGUUUAAUGCUAAAACUCAAGAUGUUAAAACCGGGUCAGUCUGACCGCAAGAUAUCCGCUGUAGUUCCCUUUAGAGAAUUUCCCCUUGAGAAAAAAGAUGUAGAACUUAUUCUAGUCAAGGAACAGAAUGGAGUCCAAUACACCAACAGCACAAUCAUUGUCUCCGAUUCUUGUCUGCAAAACGAAGUAUCUGUCCCAGUAGAGCAAGAGCGAGAGCAUUGGGGCAAGAAAAUAGAUUUCCUACUCUCUGUGAUCGGAUUUUCAGUGGAUCUUGCAAAUGUGUGGAGAUUCCCUUACCUGUGUUACAAAAACGGAGGAGGGGCCUUCCUAAUUCCGUAUACAUUUUUCCUAAUCAUUGCUGGAAUGCCUCUUUUCUACAUGGAAUUAGCUCUUGGACAGUACAACAGAGAAGGUGCAGCUACAGUAUGGAAAAUUUGUCCCUUUUUCAAAGGUGUGGGCUAUACAGUGAUAUUAAUAGCUCUCUACGUGGGAUUCUAUUACAAUGUAAUAAUUGCUUGGUCAUUGUAUUACCUUGCAUCUUCCUUCACCUCUGUUCUUCCAUGGACCAAGUGUGGCAAUGAGUGGAACAGUCCCAACUGCACUGAUCCCAAGCAUCUCAAUAUUUCUCUACUCAGUAAUGGAACUAAAUACUCAAAAUAUAAAAUAACUCCAGCCACUGAAUUUUAUGAGCGUGGGGUUCUUCAUCUUCAUGAAAGUGCUGGAAUCCAUGAUCUGGGGCUACCAAGGUGGCAACUCACUCUUUGUCUCAUUGCUGUUCUUAUAGUCUUAUUUUUCAGUCUAUGGAAAGGUGUCAAAACUUCAGGAAAGGUUGUGUGGAUAACAGCAACUCUCCCAUAUGUUGUUUUAUUUGUCCUUUUGAUACGUGGAAUUACAUUGCCAGGUUCUUUUAAAGGAAUACAUGCAUACCUUCACAUAGACUUCAAAAGACUGAAAGAAGCUACUGUUUGGAUAGAUGCUGCAACUCAGAUAUUCUACUCACUGGGUGCCGGAUUUGGAGUACUAAUUGCAUUUGCUAGUUAUAAUAAAUAUGAUAACAACUGUUACAGGGAUGCACUGUUAACCAGUACUAUAAACUGUGUGACAAGCUUCAUUUCGGGAUUUGCCAUCUUCUCAAUCCUAGGAUAUAUGGCUCACAAACACAAUGUAAAAAUUGAGGAUGUUGCAACAGAAGGAGCUGGACUGGUGUUUAUUAUUUACCCUGAAGCAAUUUCUACCCUUGGAGGAUCAACAUUUUGGGCUGUGGUGUUUUUCAUUAUGCUAAUCACCUUGGGUAUUGAUAGUGCUAUGGGAGGAAUGGAAGCUGUAAUUACUGGUCUUGCAGAUGACUUCAGUAUCCUGAAAAGACAUCGAAAGUUUUUUACCUUUCUGGUCUGUGGAAUUACUUUUUUGCUGGCUCUACUUUGUAUCACAAAUGGUGGAAUUUAUGUGCUCACACUGCUGGACACAUUUGCUGCUGGAACAUCUAUUUUAUUUGCUGUCUUAAUAGAGGCUAUAGGAGUGUCAUGGUUUUAUGGUGUGGACCGAUUCAGUGAUGACAUAAACAGGAUGUUAGGUUUCAGACCUGGCCUCUACUGGAGACUAUGCUGGAAGUUUGUCAGUCCUGCUUUCCUUCUGUUUGUGGUGAUUGUCAGCAUCAUAACUUACAAACCACUAACAUAUGAUGAAUACAAAUUUCCCUUGUGGGCCAAUCAGACUGGAUGGGCUGUUGCACUUUCAUCUAUGAUUCUGGUUCCAAUCUACAUAAUCUACAAGUUUCUUACAGUCCAAGGAUCAUUCAAAGAGAGACUUGCAUAUAGUAUUACCCCUGAGAAUGAGCAUCAUCUUGUUGCUCAAGGAGACAUCAGACAAUUCAAGCUCCACCAUUGGAUGGCUAUAUGACAAUUGUACCAAUAUAAGAAGUUUGGCAGCUUGGGUAUAAUGUCAGCUUUAAGGUGAUGCUGUCACCAGAGGAGAAAACGACAGCUUUCAACAUUAUCAAUACCUCCUUUUUUACAAUGUCUUUAUUAAGCAUUUAUUUUAUUGAAAUAUUCAAAAGUAUUGUCAAAAAUCUAAGUUUUUUUUUCUUGCUAUCCCUAUAUGAAAUUACUUAUGACAAUUGUCAACAAUUAAAGAAAAAUGGAAGUGGCGAGUCUGGCGAAUAUUAGUAAUUUGUUAUUACCAUUAGAUGAGGAUUCUCUGACAUGCAAAAUUAAUACGUUUGAGAUCUACUCAUUUUGACAUGGUGUCGAGCUGAUCAAAUGCCUGCCAGGGACCUAGGAGUACUAUUGCAGAACUGCUACACUUACAGAGAUAGAUUAUUCUACUACUUUUAUAGUAUAGUAUUGUAGUAAUGUAAUUACUACAGUUUACUGAGAACUGAAACCAGUGUGACUUUGUCUGUACAAAGAGUUUAAUGGCAAUUCAUUAAGGCUGGAUCUUGAUAAUUCAUAAUUCACAAAUAUUUUGUCUGGAGAAAUAUAAUUACUUCAUUUGCACAUCAGUGACAAAGGAGUUUAGCUGUGAACACUAAAGAUAACCACUGUUCAUGUCAAACACUCAAAAAUGGUUAUAGCACUUUUAGAGUGUUUAAAGAUAAGUUGUAGUUAAAAAUAAAUAAAGAUGUAAUGUACAUUAUAUGUGGGUGGAGAAAGUUAUCUUAAUACAUAUCAUCUAGAUUAUCAGGGUUAUUUCCGAAAGUCAUAAUUGAAAGUGGAUUCGAAGUACAUUUCAAACUUAAAGCCAACUAUAUUGAAAGCUUAGACUUAAACAUGUUCCCAAUUUGGCUAUAUUGACCAUAAAUUUGACAUUCACUUUGAAUUCUCAUUUUAGGGAAUAGCUCUAUUUGUCUCUUGCAGUUGUGUUCGUUUCAUCCUUCAUGUUAGCAAUGAUCUGCACUGUGUCAAUCUAUACUUUAUUUAGAAGAGUGUAAUUUACAAUUAUUACUUACAGACAUGUUUUAUUUUUCUGCAAAAACCCCCAAAGAUUUUAUGCUUUUAACCCUGCCCCUAUUACCAUGUCUACUAUUUUCACAUAACAUUUCUGAUUGGAAGGUACUUCAGCCAAUGAGAUAUCAGUGUGAACAUUGACACAAAACCUUUUGCAAUGGAUCUGAUGGACCUUCCUUCCUGCCUCUCUCUUUUUCCUUUUCCCUCUUGUUCUGCCUCUCAUUCUUUCCUUCUCUUUUCAUCCUUGUCUUUCCUUUCUCUUUUUCUCACUAUUUUCACUCUCAUUCUUUGUCUUU